AUAAGGACUUGGGGCCAAAACCGCUGCUCUUUCCUCCCCAAUCCUCUGUUUUCUCCCCGGGCUCUAUAGUUUGGCUCAGCUGAGGACCCUGAGCCUGAGGAGGGGAUGAGGCGCCGCUGAGGACGGGCCAGGAAAGCCUUCACGAUGAGGAGCCGGAGCAACUCAGGGGUGCGUCUGGACUACUACCACCGCAUCGUGUACCGCACCAUCCUCCAGCACCAGCACCCAGUGACGGGACUCCUGCCGGCCAGCGCAGACAACGAUCAUGCGUGGGUGCGGGACAACCUGUACUCCAUCCUGGCAGUGUGGGGGCUGGCCAUGGCAUAUAAGAAGAACGCGGACCUGGAUGAGGACCGCGCUAAGACAUAUGAGCUUGAGCAGAGCUGCGUUAAGCUGAUGCGCGGCCUCCUGACAUGCAUGCUGCAGCAGAAGGAGAAGGUGGAGAUGUUCAAGCACACACAGGCCCCCAUCGACGCCCUGCACGCCAAGUACUCGUCCACCACGGGCCAGACUGUGGUGCGGGACAACGAGUGGGGACACCUGCAGAUUGAUGCCACCUCCCUCUUCCUCCUCGUCCUCGCCCAGAUGACGGCCUCGGGCCUGCAAAUUGUGUUCAACCUGGAUGAGGUUUCCUUCAUACAGAACCUGGUCUUCUACAUUGAGUCAGCCUACUGUGUGCCUGACUAUGGUAUCUGGGAGCGAGGCGACAAGACCAACCACGGCCUCCCAGAGCUCAACGCCUCCAGCAUUGGCAUGGCCAAGGCGGCACUGGAGGCCAUGAACGAGCUGGACCUGUUCGGGGCAAGGGGCGGCCCUGCCAGUGUCAUCCAUGUGCUGGCAGAUGAAGCACAGAAGUGUCAGGCUGUGCUGCAGUCCAUGCUGCCAAGGGAGAGUAACAGCAAGGAGGUGGACAGCAGCUUGUUGGCGGUGAUCAGCUUCCCGUCCUUUGCCGUUGACGACCCUCUGCUGAUCAAGACGACUCGCUCCACCAUCCAGAGCAAGCUGCAGGGUCCCUAUGGCUGCAAGAGGUUCCUGCGAGAUGGCUUCAAGACGGCUAAGGAGGACCCCACUCGUCUAUACUACGAGCCUUGGGAGCUGAAGGUGUUUGAGCAGAUCGAGUGUGAGUGGCCGCUGUUCUUCUGCUACUUCAUCCUCGACCACUGCUUCCACGGGGAGGAGGAGGCCGUCAAGGAGUACUCGGAGAGGCUGGAGAAGCUUCUGGUGACCACGGAGGACGGGCUCAGACUGGUCCCAGAGAUAUACUCGGUGCCGGGGGACAAGGUGGAGGCAGAGUACAAGAAACCGGGGUCCCAGCAGCGCGAGGUGGUGGGCAAGCUUCCCUUCAAGUGGGCGCAGAGCCUCUAUGUCGUGGGGCGUCUCCUGCAGGAUAAAUUCCUGGCGUGCGGUGAGCUUGACCCCCUGAACCGUCGGCUGGGCUCGGAGAAGAAGCCGGACGUGGUGGUGCAGGUGGUGGUACUGGCUGAGGACGCUUCCAUCCAGGCCAAGCUGAGCGCCCUCGACAUCCAGGUGCAGACCAUCUCGGAGGUGUCGUCCAUUGAGGUCCAGCCGGCGCGGGUGCUCUCCAAGCUAUAUGCACAUCUGGGACGCAACCAGAAGCUGGGUCUGUCAGGGCGUCAGAGUCGGGACGUUGGCAUCCUCUCCACCAGCAAACUCUACUCCCUCCAGGACCGGAUCUUUGCCUUCACCCCACAGUACUUUGAUAACGAGGAAAGUUACCUGUCUAAUGAUGUGGACCUGGGGGUGUACUUCUUUGGGGCGGCCGUGGACUAUGUGGCCUCCACCUGGAAGGACCUCGGCCGCCCCACGGUGGUUCUCCGCUUGCGCUCCAAUUACACUGAUGAGGACGGCAAGAUCCCCCCAACCAUGAUCUCCACCCUGAAGAAGCUCAACAGCGGCUACAUCAACGGCACACGUGUGUCCCUGGGCAAGAUGCAAGAGUUCCUCAACACCUCCUGCAUCACCAGCCUCAACUUCCUGCAUGACACUGAGGCAGGCUUCCCAGACACCCUGAAGAGUGAUGUGAAGGAGUACCUGGAGAAGCAGAUGCGCGGAUCACUGUCGUGGCGAAGGACGGACCUCGUGCGCAUGUCAAACAGCCUCGGAGCCUUCUUCACAGGGGACCAGAAAUACCCCAGCUUAAGGUUCAGCCAGAAACCAUCGCGUGAGAGGGACCCCGUCAGGCGCAAGAUUUCCGGCAUGCUGAGAGGCACCAUCCGCAAGUCACGCUCGCUGUUCGUGGACGAGGACCGAGCAGAUGGACAGUUCUCCCCUAACCGAAGGGAACCGCUAAUAAGAGUGGCGGUACGGCAGCUCCUCAGACUUCACACCUCUGAAGAGGCGCCACCCGUCGUCUCCCGCCGGGGCUCCGUGGUCACCUCGCCCACCUCGGAGCUGGGCAUGCCGAUCCUGGAGGUGUCAAUGCCCACCACCCCCACCCGCGUCACGCCCCCGCUGUCCUCGCACUCACACUCUCGCUCCCGCUCCCCGUCACCCGAGAAGGAAGACCUGUGGGAGACCAUGGUGCGGCAUAGGGUGGCGAGCGAUGCGGUUUACGAGAAUGUGGAUCUUGAGGAACUGAUGCUGCAGCUGCGGGAGGCGGAGAACCUGGAGGAGCAGGGAGACAUCCUCCACUACCUGGUGGUGCAGUUUGGACUAAACCAUGAGACAGGCUCCGUGAUCGAGGGCCAGGCUGUGACGGUGAAGGACCUGCUGAAGGACCUGUAUGAGCGGGCCUGCCAGAUCAAGCACUGGGCUCUCGUUAGGCACACGGCAGGUAUGCUCGGGAAGAGAGUGGAGGACCUGGCUAAGGCUGUAACUGACCUCCUAGUGCGACAGAAGCAGGUCACAGUGGGGCUGCCUCCACACAACGAGGUCACCAUCACCGCCCCGCUGCCGUCAUCCGAGCUGCGCGUCCUCAUCCACCAGGCUUACGGGGCGGAUGAGUCCACCGCCAUGCUGACCCAGGAGCUGCUUGUCUACUUGGCCAUGUUCAUCCGCACUGAGCCAAGUCUGUUUAAUGAGAUGCUGCGGCUGCGUGUGGGUCUGAUUAUACAGGUCAUGGCGUCCGAGUUGGCCCGGACAAUCAAGUGCGCAGCAGACGUGGCCUCGGAUCACCUGCUCAACCUGUCCCCCUUUGAGAUGAAGAACCUCCUGCACCACAUCAUGUCCGGCAAGGAGUUCAACAUCGGCUCUGUCUUGCGCAAACGUGAAGGAAUCCUAGCCAAUGCUCGCAGCGGGACGUUCUUCAUCAGCAGUCGCUCCACCAAGCUGAGCAAGGGAGGGUUGCAUGCGGAAAAGAAAAGCACCAUCGGCAACUUCCUGGAAACGACAGCUGGCGAGGGGAAGGCUGAGGAGACGGACGACAGACACGGCCAGUGGCUGAGGCGGCGGCGGCUAGACGGUGCUCUCAACCGCGUGCCUCGGAACUUCUACCCACAGAUAUGGAAGAUCCUCGAGAAGUGUAAAGGCAUCAACAUUGAGGGCAAGGUGAUCCCCCAGACCCUGACGCAGGAGAUGACAGCCGGAGAGCUCAAGUUUGCCCUGGAGGUGGAGACUGUGCUCAACACCAUCCCUCAGCCAGAGUACCGACAGCUGGUGGUCGAGGCCCUGAUGGUGCUAUCACUGGUGCGGGAGUAUCACAACACAGACUACAUCGGGGACAUCGUGUCGGCGCAGGACAUCGUGCACGUGGCCAACAACAUCUUCCUGUCAGACCAGAAACAGCAGGAUGGUGACGCUACACUGUGCUGUGCCCGAGAGAAGCGAGAGCCAGGCGUUGGGGGAGGGCUGGCUUGUGGGGGUGCAGCGUACAUCUGUCAACACUUCUACGACAGCGCACCAUCCGGCAGCUACGGCACAAUGUCCUACAUGAUACGCGCCGCCACUGCCACGCUCAACUGCUUCCCACAAGAUGGAGAGCUGGACUGUGCCGUCAGCUGAACAUUGAGGUUGUGUAGGAGAGUGCGAGGUGCAGGAGCGGUGGUUGGAGGAAGGUUUGUGACGAGAGGAUGAAGUGUUGUGUUCUCAAGAGUGCAGACAAAGGCAUUUAAGUUUUAAUAUGAUGCUCUGCUCCAAGAGUUGUUCAUCAUAUUUUUAUUGUUAGGAAGAGACUAGAGGAAAGCAAAAGUCUCUACCUCAAUAUCCAGUUACUAGAACUCAGUAAAAAAAAGGGUAACAUAACCAAUUUUUGUUGCUCUAUUUAAGGUCAUUAAAAAUCAAAAGCAGGUUGUGUGUGGAGCAAAGUCUUGUGGAGAGUGAGGCCCGGGUGUGGUGGUGGUGGUGGUGGUGUUCAGUAUGCAGAAACUGUUGAAUCAAGUCUCUUUAGAGGACACAGUCUUAGCAUGUGAUAGCACACUUUAAGGAAAUAUCACUCAUCACUUUUUGCAUCACUCAUCAGGAGUUCCAUAAUUGUCAGUAACUUUUGCUUAAUCUCCACAACUCCUUUAAUAGUUUUGCAUCACAACACUGCUCCAUUUUCAACUUGUUGGGCAUAUACAUAACCUACCUAAGUUUUAGUAGCAUAGACACCUUGUUCUACUAUGCAAGCUGUGAUGUAUUUAUGACUCUGGCAAAAGACGCCUCUGUCCCUGGGCUGCUGGGUUGCACUGGGAUGGCCCAGAGGCCAAGUCAUUAUUAAGAUUGUUGGAGUUGCCGGGAACUCCUACAACGAAUGAAUCCUGGCGUGUAUUACUCUUGCAUCGAAAAGUUGAUCUAAUCAGGAGAGGGCGAUACAAACUUUGUUGCUGGGGAUCGAACCCGCGACCAGUGAGAUGCGGAGUCACCUCUGCCAAAGAGGUGCCCACAACCAGGUGGGAUUUGGGUGGCUCUCUGCAUUGGGGAGGUCAUUGCACUUUCAGCCCCAAAAGACCCCCUAAAUAGUCCAGUAUGAAACGUUGAAUUAUAAUAUAUUUUCAAAAAUGGGUCCCUUAAUAAUGAAACCCAAACCUUUUAAAUGUAUCCCCCAUCGUGAGGAAAACAGCGACUCUAGCAACCCUUCAGCACACCUAGUCAGGGGCAGACCACGAGGUGCUCUAAGGAUGUAGCCUCAGACGGGAGGUUUAGUUCAUACGGUAGUGACGAGUUUGUUGCAGCACCGAUGCACAAACAAGGUCGAGUGUCUAGAGGUUUUACAACAUGUAGUAAGUGUACCAUUCAAGUCAUCUCUGUAGAUUUUAUCACUGUAGGAACUCUAGAUAAUGUAGCAAUAGGUAGUCUGGUUACUCCCCACCAUGAUCUACUUCACCUUUCAUCUUUACUUUGGUGCAAUAUUCUGUAGGUAGUGUGCACAAGACUGUAGAUACAUUAGUAGAAGUGUAAGUCAUUAACCAAUCAGUAUUUUAUCCACUCAUGUAUGAUAUUCGUGGCAGCCCACACCCAAGUUGUGUAUUCUUUAUUGUCCUGACUGGUGAUCUCUGUUAGCUAAUAUUAGAGCAUUAACAUUAUGUAUUUACGACAUGUAACACUGUUUGGAUAGGAAGGUAAUGAUCAUAUGAGAGGGACGUGAUAAAUGUUCCUUAAUAUCUACGCAGUGUAAAUGUUGGAAAAGAUAAUUGAAAGCCACUGAACAAAAUAGUAGCUAGCUUAUUUAUUGUUGGCUAGUUGUUAUGGCAAACUCUUUUAGACUCACAGAUUCUUAGUAGCCAGGCCCAUGCGAUCCAUUGUCCAUUGAUUCAACCACUGACCGGCCAGACAUGAGUGAGAACUUGUGUGUGUGUUUGUGUGUGCGCCACAACAACAACAAUGAUGUCUCCGGGUAGACUUGUUCGUAGUCAUAACAUGUAAGCUUCCCCUCACUCUAGUGUUUAAGGUGUUGAUCAUCACACCAGACAGACUCUUUAUCAGUGCUGUGUGUUGUGUUGUGUUGACUCAGCCAGACCUAAACGGAGCUGCCUAGUCUCCUACAGGGAACCCAGAGCUUAGAUUCUUCUUGAGGUUAGUACUCAUAUCAAUUACGUGAAGCAGGAUAGGUGACCAGAUGUACAAGGGUCAGCAGAGAUAGCAAGGAAUAUAGGUCUUUAGAAUCCUCUUACUCCUGUGCCUCCUCUCUUUGCCCUUUCACUGUCUAUCUUCUUCUAAAGCACAAAUAUUAGUGUAAACAUCUUCCUGAACUUGUAUCCUGAGAACACCUUUGCAUUCUUUUAUUCUCCAAGCUCAUAUCGUCAAGUGUCAUGCCCCCAAGCUUCCUCCUACCUUUAGUUGUGACCAUGCCUGCUGUGGGUCAGGGCAGAACAGGACUAGGCUUGUGUCGGUUAAGUUAAGGCACGUUUAAGAUAGCUUCAGGUUUUCAAAAAGCCUUCCCUUGUCGAGCAUCAAAAGUUUAAGUCUAACUGCUUCUGAUGUGAUAUCCUUCCAGUGUAAGUCUGACCCUGUGAUUGCCAGUGCCAGCCAAGUUUUCACUGCUAGUUUCUCUUUGUCUCACUUGGUGCCAUACUAGUGUGUUUUGACUUUAUUUUAAUUAGCGAAGUGAGUGUUUGUUUUUUUAAUUUGCCGCAGUAAGUGUUCACCUGCCAGCGUAAAUUCACAGUUCUCAAAUGAUUUUAUUUUGAGUAAUAUAUAUAUAAUAGAUAUAUAAAUACUUAUUAUUUAUUUAGAGUUCUGAAUUAUUAUUAUUACUAUAUUUUAAUCAAUAAAAAAAGUUGAUUGAAA